AUGGCAGCAGCCGCAGCGGGGAGGACGGGGUGCGGCCAGGUGCGUGGCCUGGACGUGCGAGGCGCGCGGUCGAGCGCGGCGACCGCGGUGCAGGGGCUUGGCCCGCGGCGAGGCGUGCGUGCGGCGCACGAGCAAGCGGCAAGAGCGAGCGGGGCGGUUGCCAGCAGAGGCAGCGGCAGCGAGAAGAGGUGGGGCACAGCAAGGGCGCAGGCAGAGGCGGGGAACGGCGGGCGCAUGACCAGUGGCGGGCGCGGCCGAACACGGCGGGGGGCGUGCGGGGGGGAAGGCAAGCAGUGGGGCUGCAAUGGUGGUGGCGGCAGAGCCGCAGCAGUGGUAGAGGCAGGCUCGGGGGCCGCGGCUAGACGGCGCGACGGCGUGCGCGCGGGGCGCAGGGGGAGGGGCUGCGGGCGGGCAGCGGGGCCGCGCGAGGCUGCAGCGGCUGGCGCCGGCUGUAGUGGUGGCCACGGGGUCGGGCGCGAUGAGCACGGGGAGGCCGCGAGCGAGCACGGCAUCGGGCGCGCGGUAAUGAGGCGCGGCAGACGCGGGGAGAGGAGGAGGGAAAAGGCGGAGGCUCACGGCGGGGAGUAG